GCACUGUUUAGAAAUUAUUUUGGUUUCCAAGUUGGAUUUCCGGCACUGAAGAUAUAAGCGUCAUGUCACCAUGAUACAGAGACUGUCUCAUUUCUCUCUACCUAUUUUUAUACUUCCUCUUCUGCAAGGCUUGGAGAUCACAGACCCUGGGCAAGUGGUGUACAAGGAAGACAGAAUCAGUGGAGUGGUGGAACAUGAAGUAAUCCUGAAAUGUGGCCCUACCCUCCCUGAUGUCUACAUCUGGAGCUUCACCAAACCAGGAACUGAGAUGAUUCGAGCCGUGGUGUAUAACUUUGGAAAAGGUCCAAAGCUACAGCAACUGGCCCAGAACUUGGGUGACCUGAACAUCAGUAACAGCGCUUCUCUGUACAUAGAGAAGCUUCCUUUAGCAGCGGAGGGCUUAUACACCUGCCAAGCUCUGUAUGACACUUCUGAAGGAGCCAAGCUUUACUACUACUACGUGUAUCUGCGUGUUCUAGUGGCAGUCUCCAAACCAUACAUUUUUCGAAGUGACUCCUCAGCGGUUGAGGGUUUGUCCUUCUGGAUGCACUGCAAUCUGGAGAAUGGCACAGAACCCAUACACUAUAUCUGGGAACAGGAGAACCACAGUGGGCAGGUCCGCAUAUUGGCUGAGAGCAACAGCAGUCUGAUUAAUGUGACUUUGGUGACCCGCAACCACACAGGCUGGUUCAGGUGCCUGGCCAGGAAUGAGGUCAAUGAGGAGCGCAGUGACUGGAUCUGGUUAGAUGUCUUAUUUGGACCUGAUCCUCCUCAGAUCGAUGGCACAACAUAUUCAGUAACAUCACAAGGAUAUUCAGUCCUGGAAAAAAGAAACAUCUCCCUUGUGUGUCAAGCCUCCUCCAACCCUCCUAGCCAGUACAUCUGGCUCUACAACAACUCAGAGAUUUACUCUGGACGACAGCUUACCAUCACCAACAUCCUACGUGUAAACACAGGCUACUAUGCCUGCUUGGCCCAGAACACCUACCUUAAAACCCGUUCUCAAAAAACCAUCACUCUCACCGUCUACUACCCUCCAGAUGGAAUGCCAACUUGUUCCAUCUUCCCAGUGAAUAACUACACUGACCUGGCCCUCUUCUGCUCAUGGAAGGGAGGUUUUCCUCCAGCUACUCUCAAAUGGAGUCCAUAUGUGAAUGGUGAGAAUGGACAGGGUGUCACUAAUGUCACUCAGAUUCAGCCAGGUCUGGAGACUGGUAAUAACUCCGUAUACACCUGUUAUGGCUCACAUGUUGCACUAAACUUCACUCAGACCUGCAACACCAGGACAUGGUCGCCAUAUGGAGAACCCCAGUGUUCUGCAAAUUCUAGCCACAGUAAUGAGUACCUGAUGUUGUCCUGUUCAUGGGAGGGUGGAUUCCCUCAGGCUCUGGCAUGGUGGGCUUCCAGUUCUGGAGAGUUGCAGGGUACAUCUAAGGAAGCCACCAACAUCUUGGUCCUGAAUUCAAGUGCUACCUACAAUGGCAAAACCUUUGUGUGUCAUGCCAAACAUCCACUGAUUAAAGAAAGCAAGCAGUGUGUGAUCAAAUUGGAGACGCCAGUGUUGAUGACUCAGCACAGUGUGGUUUCAGUGUAUGAGGGCAAUGAUGUUCAGCUCACCUGUAAUCUGAGCAAAAACUACCCACCAGUCACAGAGAUCACCUGGUAUAACAACUCAAAGCAGAAUAUUGGUGAGACACCCAGGAAGUAUGUCCUGCAGCAAGAUGGUGUCUGGUUGAACUUGACAGUGAGGGAGACAGACAGCAAGGUGGACAGUGGACAGUACUGGUGUUCAGCUGCUAAUGCUGUUGGAGUAGCAGAGAUUCCCAUUUUGCUUCUGGUGAUGAGACACCCACUGCCUCCAAAUAUAACAAUCAGUAAGCUUAUAUACAGUGGGCGUCAGAGAACAGAUGUUAAUAUGGAAUGGCAAACUCAGAUGGAUGCUAACUUCACUGGGUUCUUCAUCGAGUAUCAGAGGCUCCCUGUCCCUGUAGGGAGGAGUGAUAUUGCCCCUCUCUGGCAAAAAGUGGCAGAAAAUCUGGAGCCCAGCAUCCGCAGCUACCAGAUCACCAAUCUGGAUCCAACCAGCAAAUAUGCAUUCCGUGUAACAGCUGUCAAUUACCGAACCGUUGGAAAUCCUGCAGAGAUGAGGAGCCCAGUGUCAGUUCCAGUUUCUAAACCGUACAUCAUACUAAGUGACUCAUCACCUCUGGAAGGUGCAUCAGUAUGGAUACGCUGUGGUCUGGAGAAUGGUACAGAUCCUAUUUACUACUUCUGGGAACAGGAGACCCGCAGUGGCCUGGUCACCACAUUGGCUGAGAGCAACAGCAGUCUAAUUAACAUCACUUGGGUGACCCGUAACCACACCGGAUGGUUUAGGUGCCUGGCCAGGAAUGAGGCCAAUCAGCAGCGCAGUGACCGGAUCUGGUUGGAUGUCAUAUAUGGUCCUGACUUGCCUCAGAUACAGGCCACUGGCUACUCUGUCACAGAGAUGGGAUUCUCAGUCCAUGAGAAAGGGAAUAUCUCCCUUACAUGUCAAGCUUCCUCUAACCCCCCCAGUCAAUAUGUCUGGUUCUACAACAACUCCCAGGUCUACAUUGGACCACAGCUCACCAUCACCAAGAUCAACAGAAUGCACUCAGGGAACUACACCUGUCUGGCCCAGAACACUUACCUGAACACUCACGCCAAGAAAACUAUCACACUGACUGUUUAUUAUCCACCAGAUGGCUUUCCAUCGUGUACCAUGUUUCCAGCCAAUAACUACUCUGAUCUGGCUCUCUUCUGUUCCUGGGAUGGAGGUUACCCUCCAGCUACCUUGAACUGGAGUCCAAAUGUGAAUGGAGACAACAGAGAGGUUAUCACUAAUAUCACUCGGAUUCAGCCAGGGUCUGAUAUGGCAAACAAUUCAGUAUUCACUUGCUAUGGCUCACAUGUUGCACUAAACAGCACCCAAAGCUGCAGCACCAGGACAUGGCUGCCCUAUGGAGAACCCAGGUGUUCUGCAAAUUCCAGUCGUAAUAAUGAGUACCUGAUACUUUCCUGCUCCUGGGAUGGUGGUUUCCCUCGGGCUCUGCUGUGGUGGGCCUCCAGUUCAGGGGACAUGCAGGGCAUAUCUGAGUUAGACACCAGCACCCUGGUCCUGCGUUCCAGUGCUAACUACAGUGGCACAACAUUUGUUUGUCAUGCCAAACAUCCACUGGCUAAAGAGAGCAAGCAAUGCAGUUUAAAACUGGAGGCACCAGCCUUGAUGACUCAGCGCAGUGUGGUUUCAGUCUUUGAAGGCACUGAUGCUCUACUCACUUGCAUUCUGAGUAAAAACUACCCCGUGGUCACAGAGAUCACCUGGUACAACAAAAUGAAGCAAAAGGUGGAGGACAAUGCCAGGAAAUAUAUCAUCCAGCAAGCUGCUGGAUGGUCCUUGACCGUGCGACAGACAGAUGGCAUGGUGGACAGUGGACAGUACUGGUGUUCUGCUACUAAUGCUGUUGGAGCAGCAGAGAUCCCAAUCAUGCUGCUGGUGAUAAUGCCAGUUUCCAAACCCACCAUUCUGCUGAGUGACUCUUCGCCAGUGGAAGGCACAUCAGUGUUGAUGCGCUGUAUUGUGGAAAAGGGCACAGAACCUAUUAACUACACAUGGGAGCAGGAGAGCCAGACUGGGCUGAUCACAACACUGGCCAGGGAAAACAGCAGUGUGGUCAGUGUUACCCGGGUCUCCCGUAACCACACUGGCUGGUUCAGGUGCCUGGCCAGGAAUGAGGUCAAUCAGCAACGUAGUGACCGGAUCUGGUUAAAUGUCUUAUAUGGUCCAGACUUACCUCAGAUAGACGUCACAGCCUACUCAGUAACAGAUCAUGGAUACACAGCUCUGGAAAAUGGAAACAUCUCCCUCGUGUGUCAAGCUUCCUCCAACCCUCCCAGCCAGUACGUCUGGUUCUACAACAACUCCCAGGUCUACGUUGGACCACAGCUUACCAUCGCCAAGAUCCUCCGUAUGCAAGCAGGCUACUACGCCUGUCUGGCCCAGAAUGCUAAUCUCAACACCCGCUCUAAGAGAACCAUCACUCUCACUGUUUACUAUCCACCAGAUGGUGCUCCAUCAUGUUCCAUAUUCCCAGUAAACAACUACACUGACCUGGCUCUUGUUUGUUCCUGGGUGGGUGGAUACCCACCACCAAGCCUAAACUGGAGUCCAUAUGUGAACAGAGACAAUCCACAGGGUCCCGCUAACAUCACUCGAAUUCAGCCAGGGUCCGAGACGUCUAACAACUCUGUAUUCACCUGCUAUGGCACACAUGUUGCACUAAAUGUUCCCCAGAGCUGCAGCACCAGGACAUGUGAGUACAGUGUAUCAUAUGUGUAUGUGAGUUGUAUGUGUGCUUUUAACAACAUGUUGUGUUUCCCAGGGCUGCCUUAUGGAGAACCCCAGUGUUUUGUGUAUGUGACUCGUAAUAACGAGUACCUGAUGCUUUCCUGCACCUGGGAGGGCGGUGUCCCUCGGGCUCUGCUGUCGUGGGUGUCCAGUUCAGGAGACCUGCAGGGAACAUCAGAGGAGAACUCCAACAUCCUGGUGUUGCGUUCCAGCGCCAACUACAGCGGCAAAGCCUUCAUAUGUCAUGCCAAACAUCCACUGGCUAAGGAGAGCAAGCAGUGUGUGUUAAAACUAGAGGCACCAGUGUUGAUGACUCAGCGCAGUGUGGUUUCAGUAUAUGAGGGCAAUGAUGUCCAGCUGACCUGCAUCCUGAGCAAGAAUUACCCUGCAGUCACAGAAGUCACCUGGUACAAUAAUUUAAAGCAGAAUGUUGGUGAGACACCCAAUAAAUACAUUCUUCAGAACGCUGCUGCCUGGUUUAACCUGACCGUCAGGGAGACAGAUAGCAUGAUGGACAGUGGACAGUACUGGUGUUCUGCUACGAAUGCAGUUGGAGGAGCAGAGAUUCCUGUCUCGCUCGUGGUGAAGAGGUACCCAAUGCCUCCAAAUGUGACCAUCAGUAAGAUCACAUACAGCAGCCAGAAGAGGACAGAUGUCAUCCUGGAGUGGUUGGUCCAGAGAGAUGAUGACCUCACUGGGUUCUUCAUCGAGCGUCAGACGCUCCCUGUAGGCAAGAGUGAUGCUGUUCCUCUUUGGCAGAAAGUGGUAGUAGAUUUGGAUCCAAGCACCCGCAGCUACCAGAUCACCAAUCUGGAUCCUAGUGGGAAAUAUGCAUUCCGUGUGACUGCUGUCAAUUACAGAACCACUGGACAUCCAUCAGAGGUCAAGAGCCCAGCAAACCCACCCUUUAAAGCUUAUCCUGCUGUUGUUGGAGCAACCAUUGGAGGCAUGCUUGUGGCAACAUUAACUACAGUCAUGCUCUUCAUUUUUGUGCUGAGGAAUCGCAACAGCCAUCCUCGUCUCCAUAGCAUGAUAUUUGGCAGGCAGAACAGCCAGUCGAGAGAAAAUAUCAACUUCCCUGAGGAUGAGGUUGUUAGAGAAGCAGAGGGAGAAGGACACACAGAAGAAACAAAUUCCCCAAAUCCAGAUUCCAACAACCAGCUUACAUAGGCAUGUGUUGACCUUAUCUUUUCAUAUCACAACUGACAUUGUGCAUUUGACUGUUGAAAUAUCAUUGUUCUUCUUCUUCUUCUUAAUUUGUAUUCAUAACAAGAGAGCGAUUUGGAUCUCGUUUUAUGUCAUAUCAUUUAAUUUAAAAAUACUUUUCCAGGACAAUCUAUGACAUCCCAAAAUGUGCCUCUUCUCCUUCCCCCUCUUCCAAGGACCGAAUUCAUCACUGAAACCAUCACAUUACACAUCCACAGAUAAAAAGCAAAUUGUUUUUUUUUUAGUCACACUUGACACAAACAUCCUCAUUACUGGAGGAAAAAUAUAUUGGGGUAGCAGGACAUUUAAAAUGUCAGCAGUGCCAUCUGUCGCACAGUAAACAGAGGUUUUAUUAAAAGAAUGUAGAUG